AUGGAUGAAAGUAAGAAAAACACAUCUUUAAGAUUGGAGGAGUUUCGCAAUGAAAUGAAUCGACAACGGGAGGAGAUAAAGAAGACGCUGUGCCGGCAAAUAGAUCAGUCCUUUGAGACUUCGUCUGACAAUCUGCUGAACAAUGUGGCAAAGUUUGUGAGCGGUGUAAAGCUCAAUGAAACAAUCCAGUACAAGCCACCGUCAACUUCUUCUGAUCAAUAUGGUUCGAAGAAGCGAUCGACUCAGCCACAGAAUCAAUCUGUGCAUCGCAAAAAAGUGCCUCCCCCUUAUCUUCCUUCUGUUGUGCCUUCAAACAUCGAUUAUAAUCCACGGGUUGAUCUGACUUUUGCUCCUCGAGGUAAUCCCCAAAUGAUUCAGCAAAUGACUCCGCAAUCCGCAAUCCAAGUCGCUCCACGAGUUGAUCCUCGCUAUGUCGAUCCUCGUCAAGAAUCGCGUUAUGACUCUCGAUUAGAUCCGCGUAAUGACCCUCGUUUAGAUCCUCGCCAAGAUCCACGUUAUAAUUCGCAAAACAAUCAGUUCCAAGCUCCUUUUCGUCAAAGUCUUCCGCCUCUUGGCUCUCAAAAUCCAUACAACGAUCCACGACUUGAUCCGAGCUGUGACCCGCGACAGGCUUCAUUUGAUCCACGAAGCUAUCGCGACAAUAUGUCAAUGAACUUUGGGUCCGGCCUACCUGGUGUUCCAUAUCCUUCAACAACUCGUCCACAAAAUGUAAACUCGCAGUAUCGUGAUAUGGCCCAUCAACAGCAGCAGUACUUUAUGCCACCACAGCACAACCCUUAA